AUGGUGGCUGAGCCAGAAUUGGUGAAAACAAUUUUAGUGAAGGACUUCCACCUGUUUUCGGACAGACGGCACGAGAAGACAGCCGAACCACUGAUAGAGAAAACUCUGACAAAUCUGUUGGGCGACGACUGGAAGAGAGUGCGAUCUAUA